CUGUUAGCUGCUGGCUGCUAGCUGUUAGCUGCUAGCUGCUAGCUGUGGCUCUACAGCACUAAUAAAAACCCUACAGUAAGUGAAUUCUUAAAGCAAAAGACAUGAAACACCUUUUAUUUACCUUCACUGCUCAAUAGGAAGAAACACAUAAUCAGUAAAGAUCAGAAUGCAGUUUAUUAUCUUAUUACUUUGGCUGAAUCCUGAUAAUCUGCCUCGUUAGAAAAACUGCUGCACUGCUUUCAUAGACUGAAGCUUUUUUGUCAAACAUCUCCUUGAUAUUUAACUUCUAGUUAAUUAGAAGAGUUUGAAACGGGAGGAGCUCAGAGUGGGAGCUGAAAACGGAUAGAAAAAACUGAAUUCUCUUUAUUUCUCACUGUCGUCAACGUAGAGCCUUUAAAAGCACAAAAUAAAAUAUUUUUCUAUAUAAACCCUCCCAGAUCAUAAGUGUUAUGAUCCUCCCAGAUAUUAAUUUCUAUCUACUUAUUUGUUCUCAGUCAUCCAGGAAAUGUCAUAAUUAAAAAAAGGGUUAAAAAUAAAGCAACUUAAGUUAUAAUUUAAAUGGGCCAUAACUUGUAUUUAUUUAUUUCAGUAAAUCAAUGUUUACUAAGAGCAGUUAUUCAUUAACGCUUUUUUAUUUAGAACCUUAAAUGUUGUAAAGGUGUAGCAGCGAUUAGAUCAUUAGAACAAAGAUCGAAUAGAAGCAACAUUUAAAUUUGAGUUUUAUUUCUCAACAGGCUGCUUACUGAGAGAAACACGUUUGAUGUGCAUCACUAGUCAGUUUUGGUCCUUAAAACAGUUUAAACCACAUUUUACGUUACAUUUCACUGUAACUUUGCUGACCCCCCGUUUCUGGUUCCCCCCAAUAAUGAGAUGGAUCUACGCCCUUGUUAUACGGAAACUGAAUGAGCGCUCGCUGACACGCUCAAGACUCCUUCUUUACUAGUGAUCAGACAGGAAAGUGGGCGUGAGAGUGGGAAGACAUGUGGCAAAGGUCAACAGGCCGGGACUCGACCCUGUGAUGGUCACUUUGAGGCAUGUGCUGCAUUUCAGCGUCGCGCCGCCGCCGGUCCAUGAUUGUUCAAAGGCUACCAGUCUAAGAUGAUCCUGCAGUGGGAUUUUUGUCUUUGAGACAAGACGGUAUGAACACAUCAACCUGGUUUUGUAUUCCAUUCACAAGCUGCUGAUCCUUUUAGAAUUGUUUCUAAUAUUUUAUUUAAGGCUCAAUGAUCUGACACCUCGUUAUCCUGCAGACCCAGAGCUCUUGAUGGUUCCCAGGAGCUACUCCACUCCCGGUUCCUGGGAACCAUCUUCCACCAUCUGUAAGGUUCAAAACAUGAGUCAGUCCAUUGAGGUUCUGGACCAACGGACGCAGAGGGACAUGCAGUUUGUGGAGAAGAUGGAGGUGCAGCUGAAAAGUCUUGAGAACAAAUUCAAACAAGUUGAGGAGGGUCAUGAGAGCAACAUUGCCAGGCAGUACAAGUCCAUUAAAGCCAAGAUGGAGGAGCUGCGUCCUCUCAUCCCGGUUCUGGAAGCCUACAAGGCAGAUGCUCUGCUGGUCCGACAGUUUAAAGAGGAAGCAGCCAAUGUGACGGAACUGCUGGGAUCGCUGCAGGAACAACUGGGAGGACUGGACUACCAGGAGGUCCACAGCCGGGUCAUGGACCUGGAGAACCGUCUGCGCGCCUGCAUGCAGAGGCUUGCUUGUGGGAAACUUACAGGAAUAUCAGAACCUAUUACAAUGAAAACAUCUGGGUCCAGGUUUGGCUCGUGGAUGACCGACCCGCUGGCUUCAGUUGGAGACAACAGAGUUUGGUACAUGGAUGGUUAUCACAACAACCGCUUUGUCAGGGAGUACCAGUCAAUGUAUGACUUCAUGACAACAGAUAACUUCACGUCUCAUCGCCUGCCUCAUCCGUGGUCCGGUACUGGCCAAGUUGUUUAUAAUGGAUCUAUUUUCUAUAACAAGUUCCAGAGUCACACCAUAAUCAAAUUUGACUUUAGCACGUCACUCAUCAGCCGCUCCCGCCAGCUUGACUUUGCUGGUUACAACAACAUGUACCAUUACUCAUGGGGUGGGCACUCUGAUAUCGACCUCAUGGUGGACGAGGGCGGGCUCUGGGCUGUUUAUGCAACCAAUCAAAAUGCUGGCAACAUUGUGCUGAGCAAAUUAAAUCCAAACACUCUUCAAAUCAUCCGCAGUUGGACCACCAACCACCCAAAGCGAAGCGCCGGUGAGGCCUUCAUGAUCUGCGGAACGUUGUAUGUCACCAAUGGCUACUCAGGAGGAACUAAGGUGUACUACGCCUUCUCCACCAACUCCUCCACCUAUGAAUACAUCGACAUUCCCCUCACCAACAAAUACAGCCACUUGUCCAUGCUCGAUUACAAUCCUAGAGACAGAGCACUUUAUGCCUGGAACAACGGCCACCAAGUUCUGUAUAAUGUAACUCUUUAUCACAUAAUACAGUAACUAGACAUGGUUCCUCUGUGUCACAGUUUAAUAUAAUAUGAUUCUCACAUAAGACUUUACGUUUCCUCUCACAAUUUCUGACUCAAAGACACCUGUAAGACAAAAGCAAUUAUUCAGAUCAUUUAUGUGCUUCCAGGGCAAACAGGGUCACUGACUGAAACUGUAGAUCACAGCUGAAGAGAAUCAGAAAACGACUGUUCCUCCUUCUACCCCCGUCUGUACUACAGUUUUAGAGGCGUUUCUUAGCAUGAGGCACUACAACAAGAUGUCGGCGUGUGAAUCGUGAACAAAUAGAAACAGCACUUAGAGCUAUGGAACUCAAAGUAUUUCUGAUUUUAUACGUUUUUAAAAUUGUCACAACACCAAAUAUUGUAUUAAGAUGCAUGUUGUAAAUUUUGCAAAGACCUUUAUCUUUUCAUUCAUUAGUCAUAUAAACAUUAAAGCUGGGCUGGAAAUCAUUAAUCAAGCUGUUAAAAACAUUUCUAUUCUCAAAGACUGCUAUAAAAAAUGUAAGGAACCAAAACGUAAUGAAAGUGUUUCUAGUUUAAGAAACGAAACAUGUUUUCCUGGUUUUUGUAAUUCCUCAAGUCCAGACAUUUUCUUGGUACUGAAAAUAUGGAACAAAGUACUGGACUGUUAACUUUUAGAUGUUACAAUGUUAUUUUAUUGUUACAGAUUUUAGGAAAGGGACUGAUUCCCCUGAAACGGUUCCUUUUAACCUCGACGUCAUUUGCUUUCUAAAUUACAACAAAGUGUUUGAAUAAAAUAUAUGUAUUGUUUUGGGAUUGUUUGCAUUUUUUUCGUAUAACUUUACGAUUCCAAUUCAAAAUGGAAUUUUAUGAUUUUUUUAAUGUAACAUAUCAAACAGCAAUAGCUAUUGUUCUCUUGCAAAAAAGUAUUGUUGGAACUUUUUGUAGGAAAAGCAGAACUUUAAAGUCUGUAACUUUUCGUAUGACUUUCUGUGCUAAAUGUUUAGUUUGUGAAACAUACUUUCUACUGAAAUAAACCUUUUUUUGCUGAAUAACAAAAACCCACAUUUAUUUAAAUGAUAAUAUUUUAUGGUGUGUUUCUCUGGGUUUUUUUACAUACAAGCAGAUUUUUAAUAGAUUCAGAAAAUUACAUUUAUUUAUUGGCUUGUGAAAUAAUUUUGUUCAUUUUGGUGUUCGGUGCCAUGUAAAGAAAUCCAAAUGGAUCAAUUAGUUAUACAUAUGAUCAGCAGUUUUGACUGUUUAUUCCAUUGUUUUGUGUAGAUUUUGUGUAACCAUUAAUACCAGUUAAGAAUCGACAUGAACAUUUUCACUGUUUUGUGUAGAUUAAGCAAAUAAAAGUGGGAACUGUG